CUUAUUCGACUUCUUUUACGGAGCAAUCUAUCCAUGACUUUAUUAACAUAUUACAUAAAUAAUGUUCAUAUCUCAUCACAACAAUAUCUAUCAUUUCUCUAUAAUACAUAUAUGUAAUUACUUCCAUUUCGAUUUAUUCACUUAUAUUAUGGUUGUUUAAUUACUUGUAUUAUGCAACUUGGGAAUUAAUAAAAAUGGGAAAUCAUCAUCAACAACAACAUCAAAAAACAACAGCAAGUUCAGCGUCUAAAUUUGUCUUUUUUGUAGUUGGUUUGUCUGUUGGAAUUACAUCCUGUUUUUACAUCCUCAGUUUUUAUUAUGUUACAAAUCAGAGUCAGUUAUUAGCAAUAGCAUGCACAACAUCAACAUCCUCACAACAUGUAACUCAGGCAUUAGCAUCUACACCAUCGCCGUCUCCACCACCACCAUCACCGCCUCCCCCUCCCCCUCCAUCCCCGCCUCCACCACGCGAAGAGGAGGAGGAGGAGUCAGGGGAGAAACUGCUGCAUUAUAUAGAGGAUGAUGCAGAGUUGUUAUGGAGGGGGUCAUUGGUGUCUCAGAUACCGGAGUACCCAUUUCAACGUGUUCCAAAGCUUGCGUUCUUGUUCUUGACAAGAGGUCCCCUGCCUUUAGCUCCUCUAUGGGAGAUGUUCUUUAAAGGACAUGAAGAUAGAUUUUCUAUUUACAUUCAUACUCAUCCUAAUUACACUGAUCCUAUGCCUAAGGAUUCCGUCUUCCAUGGUAGAAGGAUUCCUAGCAAGAGUGUAGAGUGGGCAAGCAUAUCAAUGAUCGAUGCUGAAAGACGAUUACUAGCAUCAGCACUCCUAGACUACUCAAACGAAAAAUUCAUCCUCCUCUCAGAAGCCUGCAUCCCCUUGUACAACUUCACAACAGUCUACGACUACCUACUGAUCAAGAACACUAACCUCAGCUUCGUAGGAGUCGAACCUGACUUCAAAAAGUCGAGCCCUUACAGAUGGAGAGGCAAAAUGGAUCCACCCCUCAAGAGAUGGCAGUGGCAGAAGGGUGCUCAAUGGGUUGUCAUGGACCGAGUUUUAUCCAUAGACAUCCUUUCGGACACCAAAUAUUACCCGGUUUUUCGAGAUCAUUGUAGUUCGCCUUGUCAGAAUCAAGAUGAACAUUAUGUUCAGAUUUUGGUUAUGCUUAAUCAUCCAGAACGCAACUCGAAUUGGAGCUUGACUUGGACUGAAUGGAAAGGCAACCGCCAUCCUACCAUGUUCGGAUCAAGGUCUAAUAUUUCAGCAAAAAUGAUUCAAGAAAUGAGGUUCAGGGAUAAUUGUACUAUUGGUGGCGAAUUUACUAACAUGUGUUAUCUUUUUGCUCGCAAAUUUGCUCCUAAUAGUAUUAAGCUGUUGUUGGAGAUUAGUUCUACAUUGUUUGGGUGAAUUAUAUUAAUUAAGGUAAAGACUCUAAAGAGUAAGAUAAGUGGUCUAUUUUUUUUUAUAUUUUCCUAAAUUGCAAAGUUUCUAGUUCAUUUGUUUCGCAAAAAUAAACUACAUGGAUCUGGUUCAUUUGUUGACCAAUACCAUUAUUUUUUCGGAAUACAAAUGCUACUCACAGCUCCUACAAUCUGGAGAGAAAACUGAAUUAAUA